AUGGCCAGUAUGUUUGAGCUAGUUCAGAAUGUCUACUACUUCUUCAUGGGUCUGUUGGUCAUGUACGUCUCUUUCCUUUCAGACCAAUAUCUUUGGUCCAAAGAGACAACACCAGCAGCUUUUCAGUAUAUAGAGGAAAUAUGCAUUCAACCCAACUUCAGAAACUACACCUUUGAUUGCACCAAGCUUUUGACACCCGACCCUGAGAACGUCAAAGCUGUAACUUCUAAGGAAGAUCUUUUCAUGGUUGCUCUAACCAAGACUUCUACUUUGGCUCAAUCCCUUCUAUAUGACUUAAACGAGCUCAACCGCUCGAGUCUCGGUUGGGGUUGGGUCGAUAACAAGUCAGAAGUUUUGGAUUGUAUAGAUGAAUUCGAUAUAAUAGUAAAGCUGUUCGAUGAAGCUGUGUCUUCCUUGCGAGGUGGAGAUCCAGCUACGCUCGAUUAUGUCUUCAGACACAUUGAGAUAUAUCAAACAGCUUGCAUGAACAGGUUAAGAGAAGUCCAAACCAGUUUUACAAAGAAGGAUUCAAAAAUGUCCAGAAAGCAAAGGAGUUUGUUCGUUGCGCUCUUCAGCACUUCCUCCUUACUGAAGAAGAGUAUUGAGUUAGGCGAAUCGACACGGGCUUGGCUCACUCAUUUCCAUUCGAAAGAGUUUAAAAGGAGAAACGAUGUUAAGCCUGAUAUAGUUGUUGCACAAGAUGGAUCAGGCCAUGUCAAAUCUAUAUUUGAAGCUGUUGAAUUAACUCCUAAGUUUGGAAGCAGACCUUUCGUUAUAAAGAUAAUGGCUGGAGUUUACAGAGGAUACGUUGUCAUCCCCAAGGACAAGACUAAUCUUCGAUUUGUUGGUGAAAGCACUGUAUAUGGUUUUGGAUUCACUGCUGAAGAACUAACCACUGAAAACACUGCCAAACCUACAAAGCAAGCUGUUGCACUUGCUGUUUCUGCAGAUAGAGUUGCCUUCUAUAAGUGCAACUUCACUGGAUACCAAAACACAAUCUAUGUGCAUAAAGGUAACCAAUUUUAUAAAAAUUGCAUUGUGGAAGGCACAAUGAACUUCAUUUUUGGAAAGGGCAGUGCUGUGUUUCAAGAGUGUCUUAUUCUGGUUAAAGAGCCAUUGUUAAAUCAAAAGCAUAUAUUGACUGUUGAUGGAAGGAAUGAGGACCCAAAAGUUUUGGGAAAUGGUAUUAGCAUACAAAAGUCUGUUAUUGGAGCAGCAGCUGAUAACACUUCGUUGAAAAAAUCUAGUAAUACUAUAUAUCUUGGACGAACAUUUGGAAAUGUGAAUCAAACAGCCAUCAUUCAAUGUUAUAUUGGACAUUUGAUUCAUCCUAAUGAAUGGUUAGAUUGGAAUGAUCAAGGCCAACUUGGUUCUACAAAAAAUGUUGAACAUGAAAACUUUGGUGUUGGGACUAAUUUGGAAAGUGUUAAAGGGAAAGGAUACAAUAGUAAACUCUCACGAGAGGAAGUCGAAGAGUAUAGCGCAAGAAACUUCAUAUAUGGCGAAAGCUGGUUGCCGGAGACUGGGUUUCCCUUUGAUUUAGAUAUUGCUUAG